UGUCAUCUUGAGGGGUAGACGCAGGCACAGAUAUAAGAAGUAUUCAGUUUAUUGUCAGCCUCGGGAGUGAUAACAUCGUCUCAGAGUUCCUCCAUGGUGUGCGUGGCAGGAAUGAUGGCUGGGAGUCCCACGCCUGCUAGCUGGGAAUACCUGCAGGUGUGGAAGAACCUCGACUCCAAACAGGUGUGGGAGGAACUACGGCCUUACGUCAUCUGGGGACAGGUGGUGGUGUUUGUGUGUUUCCUCUUGGUGGCGACGGUGGGGCGACGACUGAGCCUGAGGAGGAAAUAUGUGGAGGUGCUGGAUCGUGUCUUCCAGUUUGCUGCCGUCGAGCUGGCGGAGGAGGUGCAGCUAGAGGAGGAGGAAGAGGGGGAGGAAGAGGAGGAUGGUGUGGUGAUCUGCCCUGAGGCGCCACGGGCAGGUGGUGUGGACUCCCCCAGCGGCUCCUUCAGGUUCCAGGACCCGAUGGCGUACAUGGCGGCGGGCAUGAGAGCCGUCGUCCAGGACUGUGUGAGUCAGAGUUUCACCCCUGCCGAGCUACGCACCUGGAACAUGAUGUCCAGGACAGGGAGGGAGCGUUACCUUCGGCUGAGUCCCUCCCUGACCGUUUUCUGGGCACUCGGGUUCGUGGUUCGGUGGGUGUUCCUGAUGCCAGUUCGAGUCCUCCUGUUGGUCCUCAGUCUUAGUACUCUGGUGGUGAUGUGUGCCGCUGUCGGUCUCUUCCCCACCAGCGACUUCAAGCGACGCCUUAACGCCAGAGUCGUCAUGUGGUGCUUCGACUUCGUGGCCGGAUCCCUCUCCGUGGUGGCCAGGUUCCACGAUACAGAGAACCGACCGACUCACGGGAUAGCUGUAGCCAACCACACUUCACCCAUCGACUCUAUGGUCUUAGCCACCGACCAGUGUUAUGAUAUGGUCGGCCAGAAGUCAAGAGGCAUCCUGGGUAUAUUUAUGAUGGCUCUGGCUAAGUCCUCACACCACAUCUGGUUCGACAGGACAGAAGCACACGAGAGAGCUAAGGUCACCAAGAUGAUCCACGAUCACGCUCAGGACAGCACCAAGCCGCCGAUCCUUAUAUAUCCUGAAGGCAUCUGUAACAACAACACCGUCGUGCUACAGUUCAAGAAGGGCGCGUUCGAGAUCGACACUAUCAUCUACCCCAUCGCCAUCCGGUUUGACCCUCGCUACGGUGACGCCUUCUGGUACCAAGACACCUUCGUAGAGUACAUCUUCAGUAUGAUGACGUCGUGGGCCAUCGUGUGUGACGUGUGGUACCUCCCGCCCAUGACCAGAGGCACUAAUGAGUCACCUGUCGCCUUUGCUAACAGAGUCAAGGCCCUCAUAGCUCACCGCGGAGGCUUCGUUCAGUUAGCCUGGGACGGUCGCCUCAAAUACAGUAAGCAUGACAAUGAAGCCUGGGUCAAGUACAGGAAGAGGCAGCAGGUGGAGUUUGCCAGACGAUUAAGUGCAGGAAGUGAGGAUGAUAAAGAUGGUUAGGUUAGUUUAGUUUAGUUUAGGUUAGGUUAGUUUAGGUUAGUUUAGGUUAGGGCUCAAUAACCUCAGGAGUAAUGACCAGGCGUUCUAUAUAUUCCACUAUUCGAUAAAUGUAUACAAUUUAUAUAUACAUAAAAUUAUAUAAUAUUUUUUUCUAAA